CCAAUUAGAGGAAAUUCGAACACAAAAUGGAAGUUACAAAACGAAGGAGCAAAAAGAACAGAAAAACAAAGAAAAUUCUUGUCUUCAAUGAACAGAAUAGAAUAGAAUAUUUGACUGGAUUUCGGAAGAGAAAAAAAGAAAGACAACAACAUGCUAAAGAAGAAAGAGAAAAUAGACUGAAAGAAGACAAGAGGGCUCUAAAACAACAGAGGAAAGAAUUGUUGUUGAAAAGUCAGAAAUAUGCAGGUAAGAGAAAGUCAAAGAUGUCAGCAUUGGAUGAUAUUGAGGAUGUGGAAACUUCAGUGGUGGAUCUACCUGCUCAUACAGUUACUUUGACAGAUAUCUCGGAAAUAGAUCUAGCAGGGCAUAGUGGACUGCGACUAGGUGUAAACAAGGCUGAGGAAAAUGAAGAGAAAAAUGAAGAUGGCAGCUUGGGCAAAUUAAGUGAAGAGAAACUGAAGAAUUCUCUAAAGAAGCUUAGAAAAAGACAGGGAGAAAUAGACUCGCGCAUUCAUCCAUCAAAGAAAACAAGGUUUCAGAAGACCCAUCCAAAGCAGUAUGACAAAAAGUCAUUGAAGAAGAGGAAAGAAAAAUUUUCUCAUAAAAAACAGAAAAAGAAAAUAAAACCUAGAAAUUAAUAAAUUUUGUUUCAAAAAG